UAUAACAUUUUCCAAGAAUACUCAAAACUUCGACAUGUCAUUAGCCUACUGGUACGUCAUAUUUUUACCAGGAUACAAUCAAAAGGAUUAUUGUCCUAUACCAAAAGGUAAUCCCUUCAAUCUUCUCUUCAACACUGAGAUGCUGGUCUCUUGUCCAAAAGACAAGAUCAUGCGGGAGUGGUAUUCUCUGAGAACUAAUCAAACUAAAGUAUUCGAAUUGGCUGAGUGGGAAUCUGAUGGAACAUUAAUGCUAUUAACUGAACUUAGUUUAUACGAAAGGAGAAACAGUUUGGAAGGUUUAGUCAUCCCAGCUGUUAUUGUGCUGAGCAAUCCUUUCAUCGGUAUUGACGAAAAUGGUAAACUGACUGGUUCCUGUGGUAAAAUAUUAUUAGAGCUUACAAGAUUAGUUAACUUUUCUUUCGUUAUUGUCAAUGAAUCUUCGUCGAAUGGUAGAUGGAACUCUAAGCAUAAUUCCUGGAACGGUGCAGUAGGUGAAUUGAUUGCCAAUCGUGCACAAUUUACAAUAUCUUUUGUAUCAAUGAGUAAAUCAAGAUCAGAAGUUGUUGAUUUUACUUUACCGUUCAUUCUUUCAUCUACUUCGUUGUAUAUCAAGGAACCUGAUGUUUCCAGUGUAGAAUGGUCCAAUUAUUUUCGUACAUUCAAUUACAAAAUUUGGAUAUCUGUGGUCAUUUUAAUCUUGACUACACCAAUUUUAUUGGCAUUCAUGAAAAUUAUUGCCGAUCAACGUAAUUUCGUGUCAUUGCUUUUAGAUUCUUAUCUUCAAAUUUGGGGUAUUUUUUGUCAACAAGGACUCGAUGAAUUUCCUCAAAGGUUCUCUCUAAGAUUGGCAUAUUUUUCAUUAUUUCUUUCGGCUUUUAUUGUGUCGGCAGCUUACUCAGCUUCGUUGAUAUCUUUUCUGACAAACGUUAUCAAUCGUUUGCCAUUUCAAUCGAUGGAAGAAUUUGUAAAAGAUGGAACUUAUACAUUAAUUUCACCUAAGGACAGCUUGGAAUACGAUGUAUUUGCUAAUUCGAAACGACCAUUAGCAAAAAAAAUCAUGACAUUCAUGAAAGCCGAAGAAAAAUUACCCUUAACACAUCUUGAAGGAUUUUUUCAGGUUUGUAAUGAACAUAAUGUAGCGAUGUAUGUGUCAACCGAAGUAAGAAAUGUUCUAGAUCCUGAAAUACCUUGCAAUAUCGCACGCAUUAAUCUUGGUCAUAUAGAUAGUGUAUCAUUAAUGUGGUCAAAAAAGAAUCCAUUUCUCAGUCUGAUUAAUCAUCAUAUAUUUAAAAUAAUGAAAAACGACAUGCAAAUGUCAACUAUGAUCCACACAUGGUCACGUGAACUCUCUCGUCGAGGAAUCCUAUCGAUCAGUAUCAAUUUCACGGAUUUAGCCAUGGACAAUAAAAAAUAUAAUCCAACAUCAAAACCAUUGUUCGUUAUACUUCUUUCUACGUGGGAGAAUUUCGAAGAAUUCUCCAAGGUCAGCAAGGAAGUCGAAGUAUCCUUGUUCGUUUGGUUCGUAUUAUUUAUGGAGACACCAGGUAACCCGAUGGAAGAAUUUUGUCGAAAACCUAUUGGCAAUUUUUUCAAUCUUAACUUUGAUACAGAGAUGUUAAUUCUUUGCUACAACGAAACGAUAUUAAAGGAAUGGUAUUCCAUACAUGAUAAUACCACGAUAACUUCUAAUUUCGCUACAUGGAAACCUGGAAAUUAUUUUUCCGCAAUUAGCAAUGAAAGCCUUUACGGUCGAAGAAGCAACCUUUUUGGAACGGUUUUACGCAUUGGCACGGUCAAAGAUUCUUCUUUUAUCGGGACAAAGAAUAAUAAGCUGACCAAGCUACUAGGAGUAAUAGUCACGGAGUUAAGCAAGACGAUAAACUUUACUAUCGAAAUAUUAGAGCCUGUUAAUGCUUAUGGCAGUUGGGACAAAGAAAAUGAAACUUGGAACGGAGUGAUCGGACAAUUGGUUGCCGGUGAAAUUGAUUUGGGUGUAGCUGAAUUUACAGUGACUACUACUAGACUGGAAGCUGUUGAUUUCACCUUACCAUUUUUACUUUCUCGUAAUCGAUUGUAUAUGAAAGAAAAUCCUGGUUCUGUUAUUAAUUGGUCCGCUUAUUUCAAGACAUUUAGUCCAGGAAUUUGGGGAAUAAUAAUUUUAAUGAUAAUGACGACGCCCAUUUUAUUGACCAUAAUUAAGAUGAAAAGUUUAUACAUUUCCGGAUCUGUUUUGUCAGUAAAUUAUAUACACGUAUGGGGUAUUUAUUGUCAACAAGGAUUAUCAGAAUUUCCCACCGAUUCUUCUUUACGUCUUGCUUUCAUCUCCAUCUUCGUCUCGGCUAUAAUAGUCUCGGCUGCUUACUCGGCUUCUUUAAUUAGUUUCUUGACCGUGACCACAGACAGUUUACCUUUUUCCACUCUCAACGAUUUCGCCAACGAUGGUUCCUACAGCUUGAUUGUUUUCGGCAACAGUGCUGAUUACGACCUUUUCGCGAAUUCCAAAGAUGAAAUCAUCAUCAAAAUGAUGAGUUUAAUGAAACCGAAAAAAGAAUUACCAACCGGAUUAUCUGAAGGAUUCGAUAAGGUAUGUACAGAGAAAGUGGCGUUCUACGCAACCGAAGAAGUAAAAAAAGCGAUAAAUCUUUAUCUACCAUGUAAAGUUAAUUUUAUAGAAACCGGUAGAUCUGAUAGUCUGGCAAUGACUGUGCCAAAGGGUAGCCCUUUUAAGGGUAUCAUCAACUAUCAUUUGCAAAAAUUCAUAGACAACGGUAUAAUGAAUCGUUUGAGAGGAAUGUUCGUUGUACAAGUUAAUUUAUCGAAAACUAUACACACUGCAGUUACUUUAUGGGACAUCGCACCAAUUUUAACAAUACUGAUUGGUGGUACCAUAUUAGGUAUCAUCAUAUUAAUCAUAGAAAGGUCUUAUCAUAUUUGUAAAAUUAAAAAUGAAUUUAACAAAUUACAAGACGAACUUAACAAAAUAAAAUUGAAGAAGAUCAUAAGAAUGGAUAAAAAUUUUUAUUCCGACAAUUUAAACAAAGCACGUAAAGUGAACGAACUUAAAUCAUCUGGUGGUUAUUUUCCAUGA